AGUGCUGGAAGAGAGAGUGAGAACGAGAGACAGCUCCUGCCCUCAAGACUGAGUUUAACAGUUAAGGAAGAGUCAACCCAAAGAAACAAAUCUCAGAUUUUACUGAGUGUGCAGACAAGUGAAGGGGAACAAUACAAAGACUAAAUAGAAUACUUUUUUUUUAAAUAUUUUUUUGAUCAUCUAAGUUUUUUUGGUAUCUUUUUUAUUUUUGUGAUUUUUUUGGAGAAAGGAUUUUUGGACUUUUACCAAUGCUUGGAACAAUUACUCUAACAGUUGGCCAGCCUGAUGGUGUGUCUGUGGCUCAGAAGGAGGAGGCUCCUGAGACUAUGGGCACCAUCCAGGAUGAAGUGGCUCCUCAAGUGAAUGGUGAGAAAGAGGAGAAAGAGUCUCAUGAUGCCGAUGACAUCUCCCCUGUAGAGGAGAAGGCAGCGGAUGAGAAACCUAAUGAUGCCAGUGAAGUGGGCUUCAAGAAGAUCUUCCGCUUUGUGGGCUUUAAGUUCACGCUGAAAAAGGACAAGAGUGACGAAAAAGACCCUGUGAAGCUAGUGAUAGUCAAAGAUAAAGAAGGAGAGGAGGUUAGUGGGACUGAUGAACCCACAAAGGAGGAGGAGGAGGCUCUCACUGCUGAAGAGACGAGUUCAGCUGAAGAAAAGGAAGUUGACACAGAGGCACCUACUGUUGAAGCAGAACUCAAUAAUGAUAAUACUGACAAAGCUGAAACCAAUGAUACCCCUGCUAAAGGCAUUGCUGCUGAAGCUACCGAUGAAACAGUAAAGGCGGAAGGAGCCGAGAAGGAAGAAGAGUCUGCUCCACCCUCUCAGGACACCACCAUGUCCCCCUUCAGAAAGCUCUUCAUUGCAGGAAUCUUCUCUAACCUGCGAAAGAAGGCCAGCAUCAAGAAGACAAAAGAGGAAGAGGAGAAAGAGGCAGCUGUUGAUGAGGAGAACGCUAAGACAGAGGAAACUCCUGCUGCACUGGAUGAAAAGAAGGAAAAGGCCGGGGCGGAGCAGGAUAUCAAGGAGGAGGCACCAGCAAGUCCUGAGGAAGAAAAAUCUGAGCCCAAGGAGGAUACACCAGUUAUUCCUGAGGAAGCAAAAUCACAGGCAAGCCCAGUGCCUGAGGUAACUGUCGAAACCCCUGCUCCUAAAGCAGCCACUAAUGAUGAGACCAAACAAGAAGAGGAAAAGGCAGAAGGUAGUGCAGAAGAGGAGAAGGCUCCUGCAGAGGUGUCAUCUGAGGCUGAGCUGUUAUCAUCACAGGAGAAGGCAAAGCCCCAGGGAAGCCCACUGAAGAAACUUUUCACAGGAGCUGGCUUGAAGAAGCUGUCAACUAAGAAAAAGAGGAACAAGACAGAUACUGACAGCAAACUGACUGAGUCUGGGGAGCUGGGAGCUGAGCAACUUCAGUCCUCGACUGAGUCAGCAGAGGCUCCCCAAGCUGACAGUGGGCCCUCAUCUCCAGAGGAGUCAGGAGAGCAUGUAAUUGCUGUUGAGGUGACCCAGAAUGGGUCUAGCCAAGAGACUGAAGGUGAAGUUGCCUCUGAUGGAGAGAAGAAAAAAGAGGGGAUUGUUGCCUGGUCCUCCUUCAAGAAACUAGUAACACCCAAGAAACUUGUGAAAAGGUCGUCUGAGAGCGAAGAUGAAGCCACAGGUGAGAAACCAGUAAAGUCAGCUACGCUGUCCUCUUCUGAGGGUGCUGCAUUAGCAGAUAACAGUGUUGAGGAGGAGACUAAGGAGGAAAAGCCGAUUGAGGAAGAACCAAAGACUGAAAACACUGAAAAACUGGUCAGCAGCACUGAGGAGCCCAAAAAGAAAAUGGACACCUCUGUCUCGUGGGAGGCCCUGAUGUGUAUGGGUGGAGCCAAAAAGAGGACAAGGAGGACCUCUGAUUCUGAGGAUGAGGAGACCAAGAUUGAAGAGGAAGCAGCAGCAGCAGGAGCAGCAGCAGCAGCAGCAGCGGCAGUGGCAGCAACAGCAGCAGUAGAAGGGGAACAGGAGGGCAAAACCGAGGCUGCCAUUGUCACUUCCCAAAAUACAGACAUUGAAAAAGAAGUUGUUUCCUCCCCUGAACCUUUAAGCAGCCCCCCUGAGAGAGAAUCUGCCUGGGACACACUGAAACGCUUAGUUCUGUCAAAGAAUAAGGCCAAAGUUGAGGAAAAGCCUGAGGAGAGUGCAGACCAAGCCCAGUCAGACAGUGAAGCACCAAAAGAUGAGUCAUCUUUCUCUUUGAGGAAGUUCUUCCCUGGACGCAGGAAGAAGAAGUCUGAAAAACAAGCCUCCACUGAACUGUGCUCAGGUGAGGAGGACUCUGAAACCCCAGCUGUCGUUCCUCUUUCAGAGUAUGACAAGCAAGUUGAGGCUGAACAGGAAGCGGCGGCAGAACCAGCUGCAGUCCAGAUUAGAGUGUCCUCUGAAGAUAGAUCCCCCUCAUGGAUUCCAGCCACUGUUGAAGACUCUGAUGAUAAACACGAUCAGCUGAGUGACAUCCCAGAGGAGGCAGAGAAUGCUGCCACGCCAAAGUCUGUUGACACUGACACUGCAGAGGAUGAAACUGAGGACCAGGCUAUGCUGUCCCCUAAAGCUCCAGGUCGCAUGGGGCGUAGGCUGUCGACAGCUGAAGUUAAGCCCGUCGCCCCAGCUCCAGCUGCAGUAACAACCCCUGUUCCGCAGGGACCCAAAUUGGAAAGCGCCAAGGAGAUUGUGGGGGGUAUUGAGGCCCAAAUCAGUGAAAUUCCAACCCAGACAUCUGUGACUGUUGAAGAGGUACCAGUACAGGUAGCUUCUGAAACAACUGAGUAUGAACCAUUAACUGAGAAUGCAGAAUCUAAGGAGAAUACCAUCCUGGAGCGACAUACUCGUAAUGAGGCCAUGGCUAUCUGCACUGGCCUAGGCACCAAGGAGAUUGCCAAAGUAGCUCUGGAGAAGCCUGUGAUGCCCCUUGCAGAGUGUGUGGCUGUGGUCCGUGAUGCUCUGAGCACAGAAGUGUCAGUGGUAGAGAAGCCAGCAAGGACAGAGGAAGCCAUUGUUGGAGAAGAUGCAGUGCUAAAGGCCCAAGUGCACCAAGUAGAAACCACUGAACUUGAGCCUGUUGUUGGGAAUUCCUUGAGUGAAGUGGCUGACAUUCAAUCCGCCACAGUGAGCUAUGAAGCCGAGAUUGAGAAGGUUGGAGUCAUCAGCACUGUUCUUGAGCAGUCUGAGUUCGUUCAGGCCACUACCUUGAGCGAGAACUCUCCUAGAACUGUAAUAGUCAGUGCUAUUACACCAACAGCUGAAACAGCUGUUUGUACAACAAGCGCAGAAGUCAGUGAGCCAACUGUAGAGUCCAAGGAAGUGAACAUGGACAUGGAGCAGCUUUCUGCCACUGAAGAAAAUACAGCUAUAAAAGAGGUAGUUCAGCUCUUGACUCAGGAGUUAUCUUCUACUAUAUGUGAAACUACAAAAAACAUUAUCACAGAGGAGACUGAGCCAGCCAUCCCUAUAGUCAUACCAAGUGAGGAGGUUCCUGUUAUCACAGAAAAAGUGGAUGUUGUAAGCCUGCUCAGUGUGGAGUCUGACCAAGUGCAAAAUGUAUCAGAGCCAGUUGGUUAUAAGCCGAACCAGGUGCAGGAAACCGAUAAGAAGCGUACAGCUGUAGAGACUGUGGAGUCCACUACGGUUCAAACAGGAGAGACCAGUGCAGUCACUGAGUCGGCCAGCAAGAAGAUGGAAGAAAUCAAGGAGGAUGUGCGACAAGCCAGUGAGAUUGAGGCUCAGAGCAUGGUCACUGCCCAGCCUGCCAUUCAGGAUAAAAUGGAUAAAAUUUCAAAAGACACGUCUAAACCAAAAAAAACCAUCACCCCAACUCCAGUCCAGGCAAUAGCAACAACAGAGAAAGAGAUUGAGAUCACAACUGAGACCCCUGUUAUCAUUAAAGCCCCUGUUACUGUCAUUUGUGAAAAACCAGCACCAAAGUUACCUCAGGCACUUCAUGUUGCCAUGGAGGUUAUUGACACCAUCCCAAUAGAGGUCACAGAGAUCCUUGAUGACUCUGUAGAAGAGGAGGAGAAGAAACCAGAGGAAGAGCUGAAGCAAGCAGUUGAGGUAAAAGUAAGUGAAGAAACUGUUGUAGUGGAAGAAGUCAUAGAGAGUCGGAGUGGUGAAGAGCUUGAACAGGUCAAGGAGGAACAGUGCAAAGAUGAAGCAGAGGUUCAGGAACCAGAUGUAAAAGAAGCAGCUGAGGAAGUGAAACCACAAUCAGAGGAAAAUAAGCCAGAGGCCCCUUCUGAGGAAAACAAAGAGAAAGUGCUUGAGAUCCACAUGCCAGUCCAGGUGGUCCUGCAGACAGCGCAGGUGGUUGAGGACCCAUCAGUGGAAGAAGAGGCUGUGGAAGAGUUUGGCAGCAAUGGUCCCAUGGUUGAAGACACCAGUAUAAAUACUAACAGCCCUGCAAGUGCAAAGAAACGCUCAACACUGUCAGAGGAAGCUCAAGGGACAGCCUCAGGAGAAGUCCCUGCUGCCAGCCAAGUCACAGAGCCAGCAGCCAGCCAGACAGAGGCAGAGAAAACAGCAUCGGGAAAGUGCGUAGAAGUGAUGGCGCAGGUGAUCGAAGUGAUUGAGGAGGCUGUGAAGGAUAUCGAACCUCUGUCCACAGAGAUCACAACUGCAUCAUGAGCAGCUGAAGCUACAAGACUAAUGCCUGGGAGACACACUGUCUGGACCAGGAAAUGAAUGAUAAUGGAGAGAGAGAGAGAGAGAGCGAGAGAGAGAGAAAGAGAGAGAGAGAGAGAGAGAGAGAGGUAGAAAGAGAGUGGUCGGUGGUAACACGCUGAUACUGGGCUUCACCCAUCCUGCCCAAGUGACCGAGUGACUGAGCAACAGCUCUGCCAUUCUCUUCCACCUGUUCUCCGACCCCAUCCUGCGGCCCUGUCACAAAGACAUGACGCCCCACCGACAUAUCCUCACCCACUCACUCACUCUCUCACGCACACUCACGCAUGUUCUGGGCCUCAGAAGCAUCCCAUCUGGCUUGUAAUUGGUGUGAUGUAUGUUCAAUGUCUCAGUGACUUUCUGUUGCCCUUGCUGCAUAAGUUGAGAGUCUGCAACCUGGUCGAGUGUGUAUCCGUGCAUUUAUGCUUGUGUGCACGUUUGUGUGUACGUGUAUAGUAGCGAGAGUGAGAUGGCGUCAGAAGGUGAAGAGAUGGAGGAUUAUUAUCUUGUAUAUUGUAUUUAUAUAUCUCGAGUAUUCUUUCAUUCACCCCUAAGUUUUUAUUUUUUAAUUUUUUUGACCUGCUUUGUUAUUGUGUGAACGUUGUUGCCUGUUUAUAAAUUCCAAUAUUAAGCUGUGAAACAUUCGGUAUUCUUUUGAGCAACAUUAUGAUGUUGAGUUUGAAGGUUGAUACGGAGAAAAAUCUAAAAAAGUUUCCAGUAAGAUUUACCAAAACAAAUGUGAAACUGUUGCAUGAAAGUGCCUCAUGUGUCACAGCUUUAACUGUCAUAUUCAAAGAUUAUUUCAAGUAUCUGUAGCAAUUAGAACUAAACCAUGGUACAAGUGUGAUAAUAGUGACUGCAGAAACAGGAAUGCAGAGAGUAUGAUGAUAUCCACCAGAGAUGCACAUCUUUGACUUUUGACACAUUCUCUCGUCACAAUGUGUUCUUCACUCUGCAUCCCGACUAAAUGCCUAAUAAGCUUCAUGUAGAUAAACAACCACUGUCUGAUUUACUGUGAAAAAGACAUUGUUGAACCGUGUUUCAUGUAAUAAUACAAUAAAAUAUUAUUAUAACACCCUCAUUUGAUCAUGUGGCAGAGGUAUUUGAUAAGCAGUGAUGUGUAAAGGAUAUGUAUGCCAGUUUUGGACACUGGAAGAGUCAGACCGGGUAGGCACGUGCAUGUAAGAAACACCUGCGAAGCAUAUCAUGUUCACAGUGUUUGAUGGCCAUGUUUUCUGAAUUAGUGUGUGACAUGUAUCAUAAUCAGCUUUCUUGAUGAAAAGACAGUAUGUUGACGCCCUCUGCUGUCUACAAAAAGUAGUACACCCUCUAGUCUUCAGUCAUUUGUGUCAUUUUGACUUCAACUGUAUGUGUUAAAAAGGGUGAUAAAGUAGGAAAACGGCCUUUGUUCUGUUCAGUCUUACGCUAAACCUGCACUAUGUGGUGUUCUUCACCAAGCAUGAUAGCUCAGGUUCAUUAAACUGGCAACAGGGAGAAUGUAGUCACUUGGCUGUGGAUUUAGAGAGGCACAGACUGCAUGGGACCAGAAAUAACAACAAAAGCUUAUUUUACUCUUGAUUUAAAAGCCAAAUCGAGUUAGGAUAAAUCAGGGAGUCACAGUUUUUCCAUUGCUCAUAGGAAAGUUGUUUUUUUUAAGUUAAAUUCUUAAAGCAUUUACUCUACUGCUACUUUGAUUCACUCGUCAAACCUAAGUCAGAAGGUCAGGGCUCAUUUUGCAGUUUUGUUUAAAGGCAAAGUGAGAGAUGUUAUGGGAUGGAGGAAUGUCUGAAACAUUCCUUGGCUCCAGUUUUACCACCAAAACAAACAUGUGACUGCGGGUUACACUGGUAUUUGUUUAUUUCCCAACCAAAUCUGGCGAAGUUGAACCGUGUAAGCCAUUCGGAUACCUUGAGAAUUAAUGGUGAGUGCUUCUGUAAUCCAUUCAUUAUAAUUUGGGGGCUCACAUCUCACUAAGCUUUACUACCAAACGAGAAAAAGAUCAGGCGGUACAGACCCCUGUUAGGUCAGCUCUUCCCUUUACUUUGACUCUAGAGGGUGUGACGCAUUCAUGACACUUGCUUUAUGUAAAAUAAUUGAAUGAAAAUGACAAAGUGAACUAAAGACUUUUGCUAUUGUUGUAUAAUUUAAAGCAUUUAGUUUGGGCACUCGCCCAUCUUCAGUCCUCCCUGCUUUUUGUAACACACUUAACUAUGAACCUUUUAACAUUUGUACAGAUUGUAUACCUACUGUAUUUACUUAAAAAUCAUAUUGUUGUAAUAUUAACUCAUAACCUGCAGCCAUUUAGCAUAAUAUUCAUGUAGCAUGGUCUUAAUUUUCUUUUAUAUUUUCCAAGCUGUUAAUAGUAAGGAUGCAGAAACUUGUCUAUAUUUCAUUCAAUAAAGUUA